CCAUAUCUGUAAGAUCACUGUGUAUGUGUUGUGUACAGCCUUUUUGUAAGAAAUACUUAGCUUUUUACUGAAGCAGUAGUUUCCAUUUAGCUGUGCUUCCUGUCCUUAUGUGUCCAUAAGGUUUCUGCUCUUUCAGGGAAUCAGGUGAAAUGCCUCCCCCCAGGCAAGUGCCCUGGGAGCAUCAGUGCAGCCAUGUCCCACAGGUUCCCAGUAGAAAGCCCUGCUCCUCAGGGUUUUGCAGGGACAUUAGCUUGCUUCUGCUGGCCUUGGAUGGUAAAGCCAUUAGAAGUUUUUGUAGUUCUGAAUCACUCACUCAAAAGAAACUGCUAUUUGCAUAUUUGAUCCAAAGUUCUUUAACAAGACCUCCUGAUAUUCACACCAUUAGCUAGUUUAAUUGCCAAGCUCAGGAGGAGCUGCAAAAGAUGAAGGAGGUGUGAAGAUCAGUGGACUUGGAAGUUUGUGAGUACUGGUAUAAAAACAAGUGUGGUGCCUCUGCGUAUCUUUGCAUUACAGUGUACUGUGAUGGUACUGGCUGAUUUUGAAAGUCCAAGGUGGAUGAAAGCUUCUUUACACUAAGAAGGCAGAGGAAUAAUUACUUUAUUCAAAUUCCAUACUUCUGCUCCUUAAGGUUCAAAUCCUUCUUAGCAUGCACUAUGUGUUAUCUAUUUUUCCCCUUUCUCUUUAUACCUGGAGGGUGCUGUGAGAAGAGGAAACAAAGACUAGCUGAACCAUCUUUCCUCCUCCUCCUUGUCCCAGCUGCAUUGUGGUGCCGCUGGUGCCUGCCUGCCUGGCAAGUCAGAGCAUGUCCGGACCCUGUGAACCAGCUGCAGAAGAUGGCAGAGCUGCUGGGGCUCAGAGACGAGUGCAGGGAGGGGGCUUUGGGAGCUCCUGCACUUGCUGCCUCCUGCCUUGCAGACAACAAGCUGAACCUGGAUGUAUAUCUUGACGGCUGCAGCAGGUUCCUCCAGCUGUUUGAGGGGCGACAGGGAGAGGUGCUCCAGGUGGAGUUCCUCCGACUCAGCAGCAAUGAUCGUCUCCUUGGCACCACACUAGACAUCCUCCCUCAUCUGAAGCACCUGAAAUCCCUGGUGAUUAAAGGUGGCCAUGCCAGGGAUGAGUUUGGUUCAUGUCAGCAUGGCUCUCUGACAAGCUUACCAGCAGACAUGGGGAACCUGAGGUGUCUCACCCACCUGGAUCUCACUUUCAACAGCCUGUCCACCUUGCCCAGCUGCAUCCUUCAUCUCUCCAGCCUUCGUGUGCUCCUGGUGAGCCACAACAGACUUGUGGCACUCCCUGAGGACUUUGGCUGUCUGAGCAAGCUGACUUUCUUCUCUGCUAUGAAAAAUCAGCUGAAGGACUUACCUCGGAGCAUUGGGGACCUAGCAGUGCUGCAGGACCUGGAUCUCUCUGAAAAUGCUUUGGAAUUCAUCCCUGAAGAAGUGGGGAAUCUGCAUAACUGCACAGAGCUAGAUCUUUCUGGGAAUUGCUUAUCAAGCAUCCCAGACUCCUUAGCCAAUUUGAAGUGUCUGCGGCAGCUGCAUCUCCACAGCAAUCUCCUGGUGACUGUCCCUGCCUCACUUGCCAGCCUGCCCAACUUGUCCAGACUUGAUCUGCAGAAUAAUUGCCUCAGUGCUGUCCCACCUGAGAUCCAGACCUUGCCAUUCGUGCGCCUCCGAGGCAAUCCCUUAGGAGAAACUGAGCCAUCCCCACAGGCUGAUGAAUCCAGUGCUGGAAGACUACGAAGACUCUUCCUUGCAUCAGGAGAGGACAGCUUUACUGUCACCCCUGAAGGCUGCAAAGUGGUCCUGGCCUGUGGCAUCCAUUUCUACUUUCCACCGGGGGCUGCCUCUGACCCUCUGCAGAUCUACUUCCGAACUCUCUCACCGGACCCUCAGUAUGUAAGGCUGCGACACCAUGAUGUCCUGCUGAGUAGAGUCCUGGAGCUGCAGCCUCAUGGGGUCAAAUUCCAGCAGGAGGUGCAGAUCUCGAUGCCAUAUGCCUCCCCUCAAACCCUUCACCAGCGUGAGGUGGUAGUGCGGACCUUCAGUGGGCAGAGCUGGAGUGAUUUGAGAACAAGAGUGGAGCAGAAGAGUAAAUCAAAGAAGCAUGUGGCUCACUGCAGUGUCCUUCACUUCUCCUGGUUCCUCGUUAUAUCUCGACUUGUGCAAAAUGAAUGCAAAGUGCCAACAGAGGGGACACUGCUCUUUUCUAGUGUGGAUCCAAACAUCAAAGUGACCUUUCCUCCUGGAGUCACUGAACAAACUCGCACUGUCAAGAUGCAGGUGCUGCCAGUGUCUGCAGGAGAGCUAGAGGAAAUCACAGGUGAUGCAGGGUGCAGAGCCAGUCCCCUGCUCUGCCUCUCCCAGGACUCCCUGGUGGACUUUCUCAGGCCAGUAAGAAUUCAGCUGCCCCUCCCACCAGGGGUCACAGGCAUAAAUUUGGAUCAGUCAAGGCUGCAUCUUCUUCAUGGUGACCUGGAGGGCCAAACCUGGGAUGACAUUAGCAGUCAGAUGGUACUGGAAUUUACCCAUAUUUAUGCAGUGUUUGAAGUCACCCACUUCUCCUGGUAUUGGCUGUGGUACACCACCAAGACCUACAUUGGAGGCAUUGCCAAGAAAGUCUAUGAGCGUCUGCGUAUGUACCAGGUUAACUUCAUUGCUCUGCAGAGGAAGAAGGACCCCGAGCAAGUCCUGCUACAGUGUGUCCCCAAGCACAAGGUUGACCCAGUGCUGAAGAAGCUGCAGGAUCGCUAUCGAGGACCUGAGCCAUCCGACAUGGUGGAGAUGUUUGAGGGAGAGCAGUUUUUUGCAGCUUUUGAGGGAGGCAUCAGCAUUGAUAUGGAUCGCCCUGACUGCGUGGAUGGACGUCUCUCGUUUACUUUUUACUCCCACUUAAAGAACAUGAAGGAAAUCUAUGUGACUUCCCCUGUGGACAGGAAGGACCAAGCUGUAAAAGGACAGGUCUCUUUCUACCGAGGGGCAGUUCCUGAGAACAUCCCUGAAGAGGCCAGCAGGAGGAGGAGAGGACCAGACUCCCUCUGGCUCGUUACUCUGCCCAUCAAACUGCCUCGAUUGAAGCCCCGCUGGGGUGAGAACCCUGGUGCCCUGAAUGGGUUCUCGUUCCCUCCCUUGAACCUGGGCAAUGCUGAGACUGGCUACUUGACACAAGCCAACCUGCUGAGCAUUGCCAGGCGCGUGGGAGCUGACUGGCAGACCAUCGGCCUGAACCUGGGCUUGACCUAUCAGCAGAUUGAGCGCAUAAGAUACAAUCACAGAGAGGACCUUGACAAGCAGAUCCUGGACAUGCUUUUCUCAUGGGCUCAGCAAAACUCAGAGGAUCCUGACUGUGUGAGCAAGCUGAUUACAGCCAUAAAAGAGAGUGGCCGCCAGGACAUUGCCGAUGAGGUUGAAACCAUCAUUGAGCUGGGCCGUCAGAAAUACAGGGAGUCCAUCCGCCGGGUGGGCUUGGAGCAGGACAGCAGCACUGAGGACUCUGCAAUAGCUAUGGUGUAGCACCAAGCACAAGGAACUGGGUGUCGUAUAUCCCUCUGUGUAGCUGAAGAGACAAUGUCUUGAGGCUCUUUCCACCUCAAGGGUCAGUGUCUUCCUGGGGAGCUGGACAUGGAUUUACUUGUGAACAGACUACUGAGCUUUCUUGAGUCUAUACUCACAUGCCGCUUUGGCCAGUCCCAGGCAGUUUACAGGGCAUUUAUGAGACUUCAAUUCCAUUUCUUGACACCGAGUUUUAGAUCUCAGAAACAUGGAGAAAUUCAGAGACUGAAGUGUCUGUCAGCUGAGUAGUGGCUGAAGUAGCCAUUAAUGAAUUAAUACUCAUGUUAUGUAUAUCUAUGUGUAACUUAUUCCUGAAACUCCGUUCUGCCAGAAACACUGCAUGGGAGCAUUGGAGUCUGUUUGUGCACCAGUGCUUCGUGGGAAACUGGAGGUGCAGUCCUGAUGUAAGUUGUGGUGCAGUGGAGACUGUUCAGCUAUUUCGGUUAAUGAUAUGUUUUGCUCACAUGAAAAUGAACUGUAUUCAUCAUGAACACGUUUUCUGUUUUCUGCCAAAUCUCUUCCAGUUCCCUCAAUCCCCAACUAAGCCCAAAGUAUUAGUGGGGAAAAGAGAAGAAACAAAUUUCUAGCAGAAUUGCUCUUGGUUUUUUUAUCUUUUUCCAAAAGCUAUUUUGGAACAAAUAAAACUUCUCAAUGUCUCUA